AUGCCUUUACAACAAUUGACAAGACCUACUCUUCUUUCACGAACUUUAUUGUUCGUGAAAAGUAUUCAACGUGGUUUAGCCACAGUUACCGAUCAAUCCUUUGCUAGUACUGCACCACCACCUGCACCAUAUGCUUUAUCAGUUUCUAGCAAGCCUCCACCUGCAGCUUUGAAACUAAAAUCUGGUCAUGUUUUCCAUGGUCAAUCUUUUGGUGCACAAACUCCAGUAUCUGGUGAAGCUGUCUUUACAACUUCGCUCGUCGGGAAUUAUGGUGUUCCCGGACUUUUUAAGGAUCAAUACGGAUUAUUGAAAUAUUUUGAAUCUGACCGUGUUCAAUGUCAAGGUAUUGUCGUCGGAGAUUAUGCUGUGCGCUAUUCUCAUUGGAACGCUGUAGAGUCACUAGGAUCAUGGUGUGCUCGUCAUGGUGUACCUGGAAUAUCUGGUGUUGAUACUCGUGCUAUUGUUCAUUUACUACGUGAUCGAGGAUCGACUCUUGCAAAACUCGUUACUGGUGAUGAUGCUGCUAACGAGGACUUUGAUAAAAUUCCUUAUGUUGAUCCAAAUAAACGAAAUCUGGUAGCUGAAGUUAGUACAAAAAUGCCAGUCUCCUACAACCCCUUCGGGGAUGUGAAAAUAGGUGUCGUCGAUUGUGGUGUUAAAUAUAAUAUCCUACGUUCUCUGGUUAAACGUGGAGCUGCUGUUACUAUCUUACCACACGACUUCGACUUUAACAAAAUAUCUAAUGAAUUCGAUGGAUUAUUCAUUAGUAAUGGACCUGGCAAUCCCAAUAUGGUUACUGAAACCGUUCGCAACUUGCGUACUGCAUUAAGCGAAUAUCAAAGACCUAUAUUUGGUAUCUGUAUGGGCAAUUUAUUACUAGGUAUGGCGGCGGGACUUAAUGUAUAUAAACUCCGAUUUGGAAACCGAGGUCAUAAUGUCCCAGCUGUUAGUGUAGAUGAUGGAAAAUGUGCAAUCACUUCCCAAAAUCAUGGAUAUGCCCUUGAUGAUUCAGUAAUGCCAGAGGGAUGGAUAAAAUACUAUGUCAAUGCCAAUGAUGGCACUAAUGAAGGUAUUCGCCAUUCAGUAUUGCCUCGAUGGUCAGUUCAGUUCCAUCCAGAAGCGAAGGGUGGUCCACAAGACACAGAACCCUUAUUUGAUGAAUUUAUUGACCGGGUUCGUUCUGAUAAACUCAAAAGAGUUGGAUCCCCAAUAUUCUUUACAGACAAAGCCGUUGUCACUCCCACUCAAUAUGCUUAA